AUGCUGCGAUUCUGCGAGCCACCCGCGCUGAACGGCGGACGGAAGCUCAAGGUGGCCGUGCUCCUCAGCGGCGGCGUGGACAGCAGCGUCGCGCUCACCCUCCUCAAAGCCGCGGGCCACGACUGCGUCGCGUUCUACCUCCAGAUCUGGUUCGUCGAGGACUUUCGAAACACCUGGGACGCGUGCCCGUGGGAGGACGACCUCAACGUCGCGCGAGGGGUGUGCGAACAUCUCGACGUCCCGCUCGAGGUUGUGCCGCUGACGAACCAGUACUGGGACCUGGUCGUUAAACACUCCAUCGAGCAGAUCUCACGAGGCCGAACGCCAAACCCCGACAUGCUGUGCAACUCGAGGGUCAAGUUCGGCGCCUUCACAGACUGGCUCGAGACGAACCGAGCCGGCGAGUUCCACCGCGUGGCGUCGGGGCAUUACGCCGCGAUGGACCGGGUGCAGGGGAUACUGGCGGAUACUUUGCACGGGGACGACGGAAUGAACGGCACUUCACGCAGGCACCCGUGCAGGCUCAUCAUGUCGGGGGACGCGCGCAAGGACCAGACGUACUUCCUCGCGCACCUGUCGCAGCGGCAGCUCGCGGCGCUGACUUUUCCCAUCGGCGGGUUGCCGAAGACGCAGAUUCGAGAAAUCGCGCGAAGCGCGGGGCUUCCCAACGCGGAGCGCAAGGAUUCGCAGGGGAUCUGCUUCCUGGGCAAGGUCAAGUUCAGCGAGUUCGUCGCCGAGCACCUGGGCGAGCGCCCGGGGGCGAUCGUCGAGCUCGAGACCGGGACGAGGCUGGGCACGCACUCGGGUUUUUGGUUCCACACCAUCGGGCAGCGCUCGGGCCUGGGACUGAGCGGCGGGCCGUGGUACGUCGCCGCCAAGGACGUUCCCGGCAACGUCGUGUACGUCACCAGGGACUACUACAGCGUGGACAAGGAGCGGAACACGUUCAGGGUGGGCGAGUUCAGCUGGUUGUCGGGCACCGCGCCCGCGUCGGACGCGGACGGGUACGCGCUGGGGCACGGCGGCGAGGGCGCGAGGUUAGCUUGGGCUUGCGACGGGGACGGGUGCGACGAUGACGGGGCGACCUCACGUGAGACGACCUCAUCACGCGGGGUGAACGGGGGCGCGUCCGCGUCGGAAGUGGACGCGACGAAAACGUCGGAGCUGUACUGCAAGGUACGACACGGCGAGAACAGGUACCGGUGCACGCUUCGGUUCGACAUCGACGGCGACGCCGGGACGGUUGUCAUCGAAGCCGACGACCAAGGUUUAGCGGCUGGUCAGUUUGCGGUGUUUUAUGACCGAAGAGUGUGCCUCGGGUGCGGGGUGAUCUUAGAGCAGCCCGUGCGGGAGGAUCUGGCGGAGAGGGACGUCGCGCACAGGACGUUCGCGAACACGGAGGGGGAGGUGCUCGAACUGGAGAGCGCCGGGGCGUGA